CUUUUAUUCAACAGAGAAAUACGCACAUAUGGUAGAGUAAUCGGUGGUUAAACUAAGCAGCAGCGACGAAGAUAUUGUUCUAUACGGGGUCAUCAUGGAAGAUACUACGAGGAUAGCCAUAGUUGUCGUUGCCAUAGUUAUGUGCGUUCUUGUCGCAGAAGGACAUUCUACGGGAACUGGGAGGAUGGAUGCAAACAACAAAUUUCACGAUCCCAGUGUCGUCAGGGAUAAAGAACACGUUAAAGAGCAUUUGAAAGACGUGGCAGGAGAGAUGGACGAGUCAAAAAUGUCGGACGAGGAGUUAGAAUUUCACUAUUUUAAAAUGCACGACUUUGACAAUAACACAAAGUUGGAUGGACUUGAGAUGUUAGCUGCACUAAGUCACAUGAUGGAGCACGACCUCGAAGAUGAUGGCGAUCUUGCAAAUGAAGUGAAAACAAGAAUGGGAUAUUAUACAGAAAUCAUUGAUAAAGUGUUAGAAGAAGACGAUUUUAACAACGAUGGUUAUCUUACUUAUCUGGAAUAUGUAGUUGCCAGGAGGAGAGACGAAAAAUCACAGCAAAAAAAUGCAGAUUUGUAGUGUUAGACAUAGUAAUUGCCCUGUAGAGAGCGCAAUCACAUUCAAUAGGAACUGUCUGACAAUAAUAUGUCACAAAGGAGUUAUACAUAUCCCGAAUAUAAAUAUAUAUAUAUAUUUAUUUAAUAGGUUCUGCCAAUAUUAACAUUUCUGUUGUUUUUUUGUACAUGUAUAUAUGGUGACCCCUCACUUUUGUUUAUAUUUCCAUGAUUUUUAGAAUAUCCUUUUUUUUAUCCUAGUUGAUAUCAGGAUAAUGACUAUCACAGUCUUCACAAAUACUAACAUGUAUUUUUCAAUGUCACAAAUGCAGUCAUACUAAGCUCAAACCGAACUUCCAUGAACUGGCCCAUAUGCCAAAAAUCCAAAUACACCUAUGUCUGAUAGUGCAUUAUGAAAUAUUUCAUUCAAAAGUAAAAUCAACACCUAUUGGUUAAAUUCUCUUGAAUCUAGAUAUUUUUUAAGACUUUACGAACACUAGACUACACUAAAUAUGGUAGCCAGUUUUGGUAGUAUGAGACACACAGGUGUCAAUUUUUUUUUCAGUAUCUACACGAUUGAUAUACGGAUAUCUGUUCUAUAAAUCACCAUGCUUUUUUAUAUUUAUUGCUGAUGACUUUCAUGUAUGGAAAUCAACACUGAAAAUAUCAAGUUGUUUGAGAUCAUCUUUUUAUUAUCUUUCGUAUACAUUCACUCCGACAGUAACCUAAUAAAUCCUCCCCUUUAAACACACAUGCAAUGCAUCUUGGUAUAUGUAUACACAUAUCAAUACAGUUGCAUGCAAUGCAUGGGUGGGUGGCAGUGGUGAGAUUAAUACAACUCACUCCCAAAUGUAUGCAAGAUUUGCAAUAGUGGGAUUACCAAACAUGUGAAUGGUGGCAGCAGUGUGGAUUAUGAAUAUUAUAACUAAUGCAUAUUCAUAUGGGUGGAUGUGAUGGGAUUACAGUAACUUCUGUCCAAACAUAUUCUCGAGUGGCAGCAAAGGGAUUACCAUAAUUGGUACCAUAACGUAUGCAUGACAGCAUUUAUCCAUAAUGCAAGAAUUCUGACGAGGGGCUUAACCUGUCCGACAUAUUCCCUUGUACAUUUUAACCUAUGGAUUCUCUCCCACCAACAUUUGAG